AUGAGAGAGUACACUGAAAAACAGGACUGAAAACAGAAGCACAGAGAGGGAGAAGACUGUUGAAUGUAGUUGGGCAUCACAUUCGGAGCUGUUCAGAGCACAAACCAGCCAAUAAGACACUGUUAUGGGACCGACUGUGACACUCAGAGCAAGACAGACCAGAGAUUUCUGACAAGGUGUCGACCCAGAUUGACUUGAGCAAAAUGAGGGGAACGAGAACAGACAUCGACAGACUUCAACUCCUGCUUCUGAAAACACUGAUCGUACACAGGCGACAUUCAUUCUCCAGUGACCGAUGUGCCAACAAUCUAUUUUUUAGGUGUUGUGCAGUAUACAAGGUUUGUGGACCCAGUGAGCACUAAUAGACACAGGGGGAGGGGACAGAUUCUCAACAUACAAAAAAACCCUCUGCCAAUCAGAGGAAAAGAGAGAGAGGGAGUGAAGAGCAAGUGAAGAAGAGGGGAGAGAGGAGUGAGAUUGCAAGAAGAGUGAAAAGUGGAAACAGCUCCAGCAGUUAUCUACACAGCACCCAAGCAGAGAGAGAAAGAAUUGCACACAUACACACGCAGAGUCCAGCACACAUGCUACAAGACGCUCCAGCCAGCGGAGGUGGAUAACCAACAGACGCCUGAUAUCUGCAGCUCCAGACGAGAAGAUUCUUUUGUAGUUCUCUCCAUCUUCACCUGGACCAAGAAGAAGGACGGUAGAGUGGUCAGCAACAGUGUGAAAGGGAAGGUAACGCAGUAAGGAAGACAGUGAGAGAGAGAGAAAGAAAGAAAGAGAGAGAGAGCAGGGGAAGAUUCCCCUUUGCCCUCUCUCGACCCGUUUCACCAUCAGGCUGGCGGGCACAGCCAUGGCCUUCACCUUUGCUGCCUUCUGCUACAUGCUUACACUCGUGCUCUGCGCUGCCCUCAUCUUCUUCGUCAUCUGGCAGAUUAUUGCAUUUGACGAACUGCGCACAGACUUCAAAAACCCCAUCGAUCAGAGCAACCCCACCAGAGCGAGGGAAAGAAUACUGAACAUCGAGAGAAUUUGCAACCUUCUCCGAAGGCUGGUGGUUCCAGAAUAUUCCAUCCACGGGCUCUUCUGUCUGAUGUUCAUGUGCGCAGGGGAGUGGGUAACUCUAGGUCUCAACAUCCCCCUACUCCUUUAUCAUCUCUGGAGGUUUUUUCACCGUCCUGCAGAUGGGUCUGAGGUUAUGUAUGAUCCUGUGAGUGUGAUGAAUGCAGACAUUCUGAAUUACUGCCAAAAAGAGUCCUGGUGCAAACUAGGUUUCUACCUGCUCUCCUUCUUCUACUAUUUGUACAGUAUGGUGUAUGCUCUGGUCAGCUUCUAAGCAAUUUGAUCGAGUGAAGAAUAAAGUACUAUGAAAGGAAUGAGAGAGAUGACAGAACAAAGACAGAACGAUGUCACGCUUUCCUCUCCCUCAUCCUCACCUCUCCACCGCUGACCUUGUUCAGCUCCUCCUCAGAUCUUCUGGGUGGGGAUGGACGAUGGACAGGAGAGAAGACUAAAGACAAGGAGGCACUUAAAGCUGCUGAAGCAAAGUUGCCUCAAUCACUGCCAUUAAAAAAUGAGAAGACAAGUGGACCUAAAGAAAUUAGUGCAAUAGAGAGGGAGAACAAAAGGCUCAGGCAGCGUAACAUCGUUUUAUUCUCAAGGGCUGCUGAAAUCCGCUGCUCAUCUUAAAAAGAGACAUUCAUGGUACUGAAACAACUAAGGAACAUGUUACCUUGAAAUUGAAAUGUUAGGCCGUGGAAUUUAUGUUGCAAUGUUUUGUUUUUUUGUUCAGAUAAUACAAAACCACAUUUUCUGUGGUGGAACUUGUUAUGUCAAAGUAUUUAAUUACUGCUAAGUAUUUGCUAAUUCAGUAUUUGUGAUCUACCCGUAUGUAGAGGUACAAUAUAAUAAUUUAUUGAAUUCCUAUAAGGCUCCGUCAUUGCAGCACGGUUAGGGUAGUUUUAUUAGCAUCCUUAAAAAAAGAAAACAACCGCACAAAGAAGUAUAUUUUUACGUGGUGAUGUUUACAAAUAUUUCAAGCCAAUCAACCAAUGAGACAAAUACCACAGGCCGGAAAAACUGUUUGAGCAGCAUCACUUCUGAAGAACUUUUAUAAGAGUGACUUGACGUUUUGGGUUCAUCCAUCACGGGCCGCGGUGAGGACAGAGGGUCAAGCGAAACAACACUUCCUGCGUGAGAUCCUUAAUUGAUGUGGGCAUGUCAGACAGGCCAUUCCUGAGGGACGGGAGAUUCGACCCCAACCACUGCCGGAGUUAAAAUACCCGAUAGACUGUGACAAAUCAUAAAAGCACUUUGGAAUGCCAACAAAUGAACUGUAGCAGCAACAGAGGAAGAGUAAUUUGCUUUGAGUGCGGGAGACUGUCCAACGUGGCUGAAUGUGAUACAGAUGAUGGAUACGCAGGUGAUGAGGUUGUCAUGGCGAUGACAGUGAUAACGGUCUCACAUCAAUGAACAACUGCAGCGGGAAUGACAACUUUUCAGGCAAUCUCAUUUGCUGUUAGACUAUAUUGGCCUACAGCAUUUAUACCCCUCUGUUCUGUGUUAUUGAGGGACCCCCACCUUGUGUGUUCUGUCGUGUCCACGAGUCUGCUAACAAGUAGAUUAAUGAUGAUUAUUUAACUAACUCAGCUGUGUGUACUUCUAGCUUUGUAGAUUAAUAAGGUGGCGUAUCAUUCCUGAGCCUCUGCGGUAGCUAGAACAGAUUCAUUACAAAAUACUGUGCUGGAGGUAUUAUUACAUUCUCUUCAACACACGCACAUAUAAAAUCUAACACCUCAUUUUAAUAAACAAGUAAUUUAAUAGACACAGUCAGAGUGCAUUUUAGAAACGCUGCCUCUUUAGUGUGGACCCUCUUUCUAUAUUUAGGCUUUGACUUGAUAUACCCAAAUAAUAAUGUGAAUAUACCCUGGACAAUCGCUUUUAGCACAACAAAACUGUGGACAGGGAGAAAUGACUAGGGUCUUCAUUCUAGAGGUCGUCACUGAAUGUCUUUUUGUGAUUUGAUAUUUGUUAACAUGCAGUAUCUACAUUUAAGAAUACCUGCAUGACAAUAUCUUUUAUACAUGAUUCAUUAAUGUAUGCUACAGCACCUUUGGUAACUUUACGGUGUGUAUUCAGUUGGAUACGACCUAAAAGCUUA